AUGGCUAACUACCAAGCACCACACCACUUCACCCCUGACCAUCGGGGUGAGAACAAUCUCGGUGCCCAGUCAGCGGGCUCGUCUCACCCUGUGCAGCAUGCGCAAGGUGUGAUGGACGGCACAUCGGCGCACCCACUACCCACUCAGGUUCCCUCAGCCUCCUUGGCUGAGGAGACCACGGGAGUCGGUCACACCCGCGUUCAUUGCAACGCAACCCACACUUGUGCCACCUGCAAGGUGACAUGCCCGAACAACUACGGCCUGGAGAAGCAUGCUGCCAAGGAACGCCACAAGGCAUUCCUGUGCACUUGCACCACCAAAUUCGUCAGGCUGGCCACCUUGAAUCGCCACAUCGCAGCACAGGCCGGACCGAAGCACCGCUGCAUCUACUGUGACGGCAACAAGGGCUUUGCACGCGAGGACAAACUCAUCGACCACCUCCGCGCCAGCCACAAGUUUGGAGAUAAGGCCAUCGCCCAGUUUCGCAGCCAGGCACGUGCCGAGCCCAAAGGGAAUGGGCUUGCUUCUUCUGCGGUUGCAGCGACUGGAACUGCUCUGCCCGUUUCGACUGCGGCUGGCUAUGACACCGCUCCGGGCGGUAUGGCUUUGGGCCAUGCUGGGUAUUCCGCCGGCCCCUCGGCCGUACCGUCCGGUGUCUUCGACGGAGGUAUCACCGACUUUCCCAUGUUCAGUGCCGCUGAAAUUCGGCCGUUCGGAUCUGUGGAGGACUAUUCCUGGCUCGGUGCUGCCGAGAACUUCAUGGACUUCGACUUCAGUGGUAUCAACUUUGCUGAGGUUGACUUCACCAGCGUCGACGGAGACCUAGAUAUGUCAGGGAUGGGCGGCGAUCUGUGA